AUGGCUACCCUCUUCUCCGUUCUUGCCAUAUGGUCUUUCGCCAGCGUUCACUCUGCACACCAUGCGGCACCAGCACCAGCCGUGGACUGCUCGAACCUGGUGUUGAACAUGGCGGACUGUCUCUCCUUCGUUACCAGCGGUAGUACCGUGAAUAAGCCUGAGGGAACUUGUUGUUCUGGGUUGAAGACGGUGCUGAAAACCGACGCAGAGUGUCUCUGUGAGGCUUUCAGAAACAGUGCUCAGUUGGGCGUCACUUUGAAUGUCACCAAGGCUUUCAGUCUACCCUCUGCUUGUCAUGUCUCUGCUCCUUCUGUUAGCAACUGUGGAUUGAGUGUUGUUCCUGGUGCAGCUCCUGCUCUUGCGCCGGUGACUGUGUCUCCAGGAUCCACUGCUGCUGCUCCUACUGUUGUGGGAGCUAACGAGUUUGCUCCAGCUCCGGCCCCCGCAAGCUCAGGUGGUUCUGUGGUUGCCAUUUCUGCUAUUCUUACUCUAGUUGUUGCAUCUCUCUCUUUGUUCUGA